AUGGAGUCUAAUGAGAAUCCCAUUAAGAGAGAGAAGUCCUCGGCAAGCUCCUCAAGAGCCUCGUCCCGCUCCCCCUCGCAUUCCAUCAAAGUGAAGCAACCACGAGAGCCUACCGAAAAGGAAGUAAAGAUCUUGGAGGCAUGCAAAUGGAGAGAUUUGGAUACGAUUAGAGAAUUGGCAACAUCGAAAGAUGGCUUGGUCUCAGAUGAAGUUCGUCGUCAAGCGUGGCCUAUACUCCUCGGUUGUGACAAUGAACACGGCGACACAAAGGGCGAUUUGACUAGCUGGAGGGAACUGCCAAAGCAUGGGGACGAGGACCAGGUUGCGCUGGAUGUCAAUCGGUCUUUCAUAUACUAUCCAAAUGAUCAAACCUCGAAAGAGAUCGGCCAUAGGAAGGAAGAACUAUCUGACCUCAUCAUCGAAGUCCUACGUCGCAAUCCUUAUCUCUGCUACUUCCAAGGUUACCACGAUAUCUGCCAAGUACUCCUUCUUGUUCUCCCACCUGCUACUCGCACCCCCUCUGUUGCCCGGCUUUCCGCACUUCGAAUUCGCGACUUCAUGCUUCCAACACUAUCCCCAGCUCUCGCACAACUUCGCCUUAUUCCAUCCAUCAUAAAUACUGUCUCUCCUGCUCUUCGCACUCAUCUCUCACAAACCCAACCAUUCUUUGCUCUCUCUGGCACCCUUACAAUGUACGCGCAUGAUAUACAAGAGUAUGGUGAUAUCGCUCGACUUUUCGACGUUUUAUUGGCACGAGAGACUGUCUUUUCCGUCUAUAUGUUUGCACAAAUUGUUCUCUCACGCUCCGAAGAGCUUUUCGAGACACCCGCCGAUGAACCGGAAAUGUUACAUUCUAUACUUUCGAAACUACCUAAACCUCUCGAUCUCGAAUCUCUCAUUUCCAAUACAGUCAAGUUAUUUGAGGAGCAUCCACCUGAAACUUUACCCUCCUGGAGAUCGAUAUCUUCAUCUAGCGUCCUCAAAACCGCUCGUUGGUCUGAUCAGAUCACAAAACAGAGCCUUUCAGAUGGCCAGAGGUAUUUCGUGGAACAAGUCAAGGAAUUACAGUGGGCUGCAAAGCGUGACGAAUUGUUAAAGAUGAUGUGGAGAUACAGACGGCCUGCUAAGGCUAUUGGUAUUGCAGUUUUGGUCGGAAUUUUCUCAUAUCAUUGUUUACCUAGGUCGAAUGUAGUAGGAAGACGCUGGACGUCUAUAUUUGGGGUCUUUUGGGAAUUACUGGGCGGGGGUUACAAUGGCUAUUGA